UUGAGCAAUGGCAUCUAAAUGUUCAAUUUUACUCCUCUUGAUCGUCGACCUAUUACUCCAACUCUCCGCAUCCUCUGCCCUUCACCCAUCUUCCAAAAUCCUGCCUCGUAAACCGUGCCGGAAUCUGGUAUUCUACUUCCAUGACAUAAUCUACAACGGCAAGAACUCUCACAAUGCAACAUCAGCAAUAGUUGGUACACCAAAAUGGGGCAACAAGACCAUAUUGGCUGGUCAGAACCAUUUUGGUGACUUGGUUGUGUUCGAUGACCCAAUCACAUUAGACAACAAUCUCCACUCGACCCCAGUCGGGCGUGCACAAGGGUUGUAUGUCUAUGACAAGAAAGAAAUCUUCACUGCCUGGCUUGGCUUUUCAUUUGUGUUCAACUCUACAAGCCAUUCGGGGAGUAUCAAUUUCGCAGGGGCUGACCCAUUGAUGAACAAGACUAGGGAUAUUUCAGUGAUUGGUGGCACUGGUGAUUUUUUCAUGGCCAGAGGGAUUGCAACGUUGAUGACUGAUGCAUUUGAAGGCGAAGUUUACUUUCGUCUUCGGGUCGAUAUCAACUUGUACGAGUGUUGGUGACAUAUAUGUAAGAAUGCUUUUCUUUUGCUUUUUUGCUUUUUUCGUUUUUUGAAUAAGGUUUGAUAAUUUCUGGUAUCAAGAAAGUGUUACUAAAGAUUGAUCGACAAUAACUAAAGAUGCCAUAAAUUUUGUUUA